GCACAGCAUGGACCCAGCCUGCCUUGUGUCAAUUCCAGGCUGUUGCUGAUGCCGGUGUAAUGAUGUGGGAAUGUUUUCAUCCCACACUUUACCAUUACCAAUCAAUCAUCAGUUGAAUGUGACAGCCCAUCCUAGUGUUUUUUUUUUCUGACCAUGUGCAUCCCUUUUUAACCACAAUUUACUAUCUUGUAAUGGCCACUUCCAGCAGGAUAAGGCUCCACGUCAGACAGCGAAAGUCAUCUCUACCUGGUUUCAUGAACAUGACAAUGAGCUCUGAACUUCUGUGGCCUCCUCAGUCACCAAAUGUGAAUCCAGUGGAACACGUGGGAUGUGGCAGAACAGGAGUUUCUCAGCAUGAAUGUGCCACCCACAAAUCUGACGCAAUCAUGUCAACGUGGAUCAUAAUCUAAAUGGAAUGUAUACAAAAACUUGUGGAAUUCAUGUUACAAGUCACAGAGAACUGAGGCUGUUUUAAGAGCAAAGGGAGGCCCCACCUCCACUUUUGGUGUUAUUACCGUGUUCAGUGAGCGACAACUGGGGUUGCUCCAUCACAGCUUUGUUAAAUCACAAGGAAGAAUCAUAAAGCUUUUUUGUAGAAAUACAUAUUUAUCAAAGCAAGGAACCAAAAAAUGUAGCCAAUUUGCUUUAGUUUUUGUAUAAAAGCCUAUUUGUCGGUACGUAAGAGUAUGAAUAUUCUUUAGUUAUAAAUGUGUUUUUAGGGAGGUAUUGUCCAUAGAAGCCUACACAGGACGUCUCAGAGGGGCUACGAGCCAAACUGCUCCCAAAGUUUGCUCGUAUUGCUACUCUGAUAACUUCAGAUCUAGAUGCCAGGUGACAAAAAAUCUUUCAAGAUCUCAAACAGUGAAUCAUAAAAAAUUUGCCUUGAAACUUGAAAACAAACAAAGUCAACACUGAGGAAUGCACAAAUGGGGCAUGACACCACCCACAGGUGACCAACCGGAACAGGCCCUUACCUUGAAUUAGCUGUCGCUACAGGUUUGAAACAUAAAGUCCACAACUCAACAAACUAUCUAACAAAGGUUUAAUCAUUUUAGACAUUUAAUGCAGAAAAGUGAUAUUAUGAUAUUAUACCUUUAAGGCAGUACAACUGGAAUCGGCAGGGACCUCGGGCUGACAUUGACCUGUGGGCCAGUGAAGGUGACACAAUACAAUCUAUGAUUGGAGAGACUCUUCUGCUGAUUGGACAAUUAGAGACAGGGAAGAGGGGUCUUAAGGAACACUCAUUUGAGGAAGGGUGCUGUGGCGCACACACACACACACACACACACAGAGGGGGAAAUGAGGUCAUUCACCCAGUCAGUCAGUUUAGACCAGGUCUGGUCACGGCAGUAAACCUCCUCAUGGCUUUUCGGAUAGCAGCAUCCCUCCAACUGUAUUUCCUGCUGGGAGUAAAUGGCUGGCAUGACCUGGACAACACAGAGUACGACUGUUGGCCGAGCAACAGUCCAAAUGAUUACAACAUGAUCAGCUGUGGUGGUCUGGAAAUGGCAUGGGUGCAGCGUCCCCCAGAGAAAGUAACCAAUGGGGAGGAGUUCAAUGUUUCCUACACGGUGACGGCCUCAGAUUCCUUCUACGAGUACGCAGUCAGGAACAAGAUCUUCCAGUUUAGUGACGCGUCAGAGGCAAAGAGAUUCUGCCAUGAACACGAGUGUCCGGCAAACUGGAACAAUGCCAACGAAAUGAACUGCUGUGUGUAUCACGCCAACAUCCACUCGUGUCCUCUGGGCCUCAUGAAACAAGGUGGAAUCUGUGGACCGUGGAUUCCUGACGAUGGUAAAAUAGUGACUCACACUGUAUCCAAAGCAGGCAAGAUGACGCAGAAAUACUGGACUUCAAAGGUGGUGCUGAUCCACGUGGGAGUCACCUCAGUCAUUGCUCAUAUCAAAAUAGGACAGAUGCAUGCAGCGCUGGAGUCCAAAGUGCUUGUUGUCAGUGCCCAAGUGUGUGGGGAUGAUGUCUGCGAGCUGGAGGAGAACUGUCUGAACUGUCCCGCAGACUGCGGCAUCUGCCCCAUGUCCAUCACUAUCAAAGUAGCCAUAGGGCUCCCGGUCGCCCUCUUCAGCAGUGGAUUCAUCCUGACCAUGGUGUGGCUGCAGUACCAGAAACAAAAGAUGUUUUGGGACGAAAGCUGGAUCAUCAACUACAAGAACAUAAUAUUUGGUAGAGUGUGCUGUAUGGGAAACGGCAGCAUCACCAGCCUGCAGCGCAUCAAGAGUAACUCCACCAUCAGUCAAACCACUAAUGUGACUGUGUGCACCGGAGUCAGCAACUCUUUCAAACAAGGCUUCAUCCAGCCAGGCAUAUAUGAUGGGAGGACAGUGGCGGUGAAACACAUCCAGAAGAAACACUUCACCCUGUCUAAAACCAUCAGGAAGGAGGUGAAAGAAGUCAGACAACUGGACCACCCUAACCUGUGCAAGUUCAUCGGUGGUUCUAUCGAGGUGCCCUAUGUGUGCAUCAUCACAGAGUACUGCCCCAAAGGAAGCCUGUCUGACGUGCUGCUGAAUGAUGACAUCCCCAUCAACUGGGGCUUCAGGCUGUCCUUUGCCACCGACAUCGCCCGUGGGAUGUCUUACUUCCACCAGCACAAGAUGUUUCAUGGGAGACUUCACUCCAGAAACUGUAUUAUUGACGACCGCUGGGUGUGCAAAAUCUCAGAUUAUGGGCUCACGGCCUACAGAAAGGAGGACUUUGAGGCUACCAGCAAUGGCUUCAACUGUAGGGAUAUGAAUCGUAUUUACUGCGCUCCGGAGGUCCUGCUGGGCAGCAGCUCCAGUAUGACACUGGCAGCGGACAUCUACAGCUACUCCAUGAUUCUGGUUGAGAUUGCAACUCGCUCUGACCUCAUUUCAGACCAGACUGAGGGGAUUAGGAUGGAUGUCAUGUGGCGCCCCCCGCUGCCUGAACUCAAAGCAGGGAAGGCCGAUACUGACUGUCCCAGUCAAGGACACUACUGUGAGCUCAUUAAGAAGUGCUGGUCUCACAACAUCACCAUGAGGCCCACAUUUGAGCAGGCGAAGAAGAUGCUUGACAGGAUGAACCCACACAAAGUCAGCCCAGUGGACAUGAUGAUGAACCUGAUGGAGAAGUACAGCAAACAUCUGGAGGCCAUAGUCGCAGAGAGAACGCAGGACCUUCUUCAGGAGAAACAGAGGACAGAUCGAUUGUUAUACAGUAUGUUACCAAAGCCGGUUGCUGAUGACCUCCGUCAAGGUCGAACAUCUGAAGCUCAGAGCUUCUCCAAUGCCACCGUCUACUUCAGCGAUAUUGUUGGAUUUACUCAGUUGUCUGGUGCCAGCACUCCCCACCAGGUUGUGGACUUCCUCAACCAGCUCUACACCACCUUUGAUGACAUUAUUGACAAUUACGACGUCUACAAAGUGGAGACAAUAGGCGAUGCUUACAUGGUGGUCUCUGGGGUCCCCGAAGAAAAUGGCAUCAAUCAUGCUGGAGAGAUAGCCAGCAUGGCCCUGGAUUUGGUCAGUGUCUGCCACAAUUUCAAGAUCCCCCACAAGCCUAACACACAGUUAAAGAUACGUGCUGGCAUCCACUCAGGACCUGUUGUGGCUGGUGUGGUUGGCACCAAAAUGCCACGCUACUGCCUCUUUGGGGACACCGUCAACACGGCAUCACGGAUGGAAUCAACCAGUGAAGCACUGAAGAUCCAGGUGAGUGGUGCCACAGCUGACCUUCUUCACACACUCAGAGGUUACGUUCUGAACUGCAGAGGAUCACUUGACGUGAAGGGCAAGGGGGAGAUGACAACAUGGUGGCUUGAGGCAAAGAGAGACGACGACACAGACCCGUUGCUCAGGACAUCUGAAUCAAGAAGAGUCCCAGUACCAGUUAGUGAUUAAAUCUAGGUAGAGCCUAUAAUGUGGAAAUAAAUAUAUGAAAAUUAAAGAGAUAUUGUGAUAUGUAAGAUGAAUAAUCAUGAUACAUUUAUGUCUUAAGAGCAAUGGGUAGUCUGUCACACUGAACUGUAAAUACACUCAGAUGAUAAUUGUGUCUAAUUGUGUCUAUUCUCAUAAUUAUAGUGUUAUGACCAAGGUUAAUAGUGACAAGCAAAUCAAAGUGAUGAUGAGAAGAAAUGCACACUAUCUACAAAAAAAAUAAAAUUGUAAUAUGAUUGCGCAGGACAUGGUCAUAUUUUUGCACUUGUUGGGAAGAAUCUACAAAAAUAUGCAGGAAAAACAUGCCAGGGCGGAGGAAAUGCUACUUUUGUUUCACAUAAUUAUUCAUUGUCUAUCAUAUAUAGCUUAAUAAGUUUUGUUGUUUCUUAUAAAUUAAAAGUAAAGUAGAUAUCCACUGCCUGAAACUUUUAGACAACUUGUUUUACAGUAAUUAAAAAACAACAACAUAUUUAUAUUCACUUUCGCACCUUUAGAGUCUGAUUCCUUAAAUUUCAAAAAUGUUUUUGUGGGUUUGCUUUGAAGUUAUCACAUUUUCACAUGCAGAGUAGAUUCAACACAAAACUCCUAUAGUUUCAUUUUGUAGAAAAAGAAUGUACAGUUGUUCAUAGAUUUUAUUAGAAAAGUAUUGCUUACUGGUCAGGGCAAUUAUUUAUUUCAUUUAUUGUUGUUAUAUUUAGUGGUCAUAUGAUUUACAUUAAAAUUACUUUAAAGUCACAAGUUUGUUCAUUUUUCUGGUGAAACAAUUUAGUUACAAGUGCAUAAUAGUAAACAUAUGAUGCAUAACAGUCACUUCAUUGUCACUAUGUGACAUUUCUGUCAUCUUUAUCCUUACAUAUUUGAUGAUCAUUCUCUUGGCAUCACAAAUUAUGGAACGAUUAUAUCAGAAUAGAUAGACUUGGUUUGUUCUUGGUUUAUUGGGAUGUAAAAAAAAAAUCAAGAGAUUUUAUUUUUUUUGCAUUUUAGUUUCUUUAUGAGAUGAUUUUAAACAAUAACAUGGGUAUAAUUAAAAUUACAUUUUAAACUAGAAAUUUCUGCCUUCUGCAAAAUACACUGCUAUGUUGAAUUUGAAUGUAGAAGCAGUUGAGCAAGUGUUACAAGAAAGGAAAGGGGGAAAGGAUAUAAUCUGUAGUAGUGUACAGUGAGCUUGAAAGGUGUCAAAUAAGGAACAUUCAUAUUUUGAGUUUAUGAAAUAAUGUUCACAAACAAUUGUAACCUGUAGCAGUUGUAUAUCACCUCGUGUUCAUGUAAAAUGCAUUCAUGAAUAUGCAUGUGUCAAUAAAAUAAUACAAAUUCUCACAAA